AUGUCGAACUUCCUGGCAGAAGCACCCGAGCCUCCCACCGAGCUGGGCAGGCUCCGCGUUCUCUCGCCCAAUGCAGGCAUUCGCGUCUCCCCUUUGGCUCUCGGCGCCAUGUCAAUCGGUGAAGCUUGGGCGGAGGUCAUGGGUGCCAUGAACAAGGAGCAAUCCUAUAAGCUCCUCGACGCCUUCUUCGAGUCCGGCGGCAACUUCAUCGACACGGCAAACGGCUACCAGGAGGAGCAGUCCGAACAGUGGAUUGGCGACUGGAUGAAGGAGAGGGGCAACAGGGAGCAGAUUGUGCUCGCCACAAAGUACACCUCGGACUACCAGAGCCACGUCCUGGGCAAAGGUCACACGGCCAACUUCACGGGCAACCACCGCCGCAGUCUUCACAUCAGCAUCCGGGACUCGUUGAAGAAGUUGGGCACUGACUACAUUGAUAUUCUGUACCUGCACUGGUGGGACUACACGACCUCCAUCAAGGAGAUUAUGGACUCGCUUCACAUCCUCGUCGAACAGGGCAAAGUCCUCUACCUAGGAAUCUCAGACACGCCAGCAUGGGUCGUCAGCGCCGCAAACACUUACGCAGUCGACCAUGGCAAGACGCCAUUUAGCGUGUACCAGGGCCGAUGGAGCGUGAUGCACCGCGACUUUGAACGCGAUAUCCUCCCCAUGGCCCACACCUUUGGCAUGGCCUUGUGCCCGUGGGACGUUUUGGGAUCGGGCAAGUUCCAGUCAAAGAAGGCUCUGGAAGAGCGAAAGAAGGCCGGUGAGGGUCUAAGAUCCUUCAUCAGCACCGGAGAGCAGACAGAGAUGGAGGUCAGGAUGAGUGAGGCUCUGGAAAAGGUGGCGGGCGAGCACGGCACGGAGAGCGUGACGGCAAUCGCCCUUGCCUACGUCCGCAGCAAGGCGCCCAAUGUCAUCCCCAUAGUGGGUGGCCGCAAGGUUGAGCACUUGAAGGCCAACAUUGAUGCGCUCAAGAUCAAGCUCACGGAUGAGCAGAUUGCCUUUUUGGAGAGUGUCAAGCCCUUUGACGUCGGGUUCCCCGGCAACUUUUUGGGUGCAGACCCUAAUAUCACUGGCAAGUCGAUGCGGCUGGCGCGCGCCUCCCAAAUGUCGUUCCCGAAUGCAGGCCGACAAACAAGUGUCUAA